AUGAAGUUCUACGACGCAGCGGCCCCCAAUCCUUAUGUGGUGCGGUUGUUUAUCCUCGAACGAGGCGGUAUCAACCUCGAUGUUCAGCAGGUUGAUAUCAUGGCCUUAGAGAACCGGAGGCUGGCGUACCGUCGCGACGUGAAUUCCCGUGGCGAGUUGCCCGCUCUACGUAUCUCGGACGACUUCGUGUUGACGGAAAUCACCGCAAUCUGCGAGUACCUCGAUGAAGUUGCAGAGGGUGGAAAGAGCCUGUUUGGAGAAACCGCCCAAGAGAGAGCCGAGACACGGAUGUGGCUGCGACGCAUGGAUCUGGAGAUUGCUCAACCCGUCAUCUCGUGGUAUCGUAACGAUCCCGCCACUAUCGAUUUCUACAAAGGAAACCGCAUUCCGACUCCUGCAGCACAGGUGAAUGAGAAGGUCGUCAUCAACCAAUUCUUAAACCUUCUGGAUGAUGAGCUGGAGGGGAAGACAUGGCUUUGCGGUGAUCGGUUCUCUGCCGCCGAUAUCCACUUUUACGGCCUUCUUAAGAUGAUGGUAAUGGGCCCGGCUUCUUGGGUGCUUCUUCCUGGGAGGAAAAAUGUGACGGAUUACUUUGAAAGAAUGGAUGCACGGGAGGCUAGCACCACUGCCCUUGCGCCUUUUGCAGAAAGAGUGUCUGUUUAA